AUGCCCAAGCCGGUAACCAAGAAGCACGUGACUCCUCAGGAGAUCGUGGAGAUAUGUGCGUGCCUGAGGAACAUGAGGGGUCAGGGAACCCUGACAGAGAAGGAAACGCUUCUGGUUUUGCAUGUGUACAUGCAGUUGAAAUUGGCACACUUGGAGAACCGGAGGAAGUCCAAGGGCAAGCGCUCGAAUGGCCAGGUCGAUGAACGUGCUGCUAAGCAGUUGGGGGUUGGCCUCAGCACUGUGCGUCGGAAGUAUGCAAUGCUCAACAAGCUGUUGCAAGAGCACGGCAUAGAUGGCCUUAAGACACUUUCUGUUGAGAACCGCCGUGGGAAGGCGACACAGCUGCCGACACGUGUGCCCACGACAAAACGUGUGCUCAGGCAGGUUCGCGAUCACGUGCGCAUGCAGAGAGAAGGUGGACACCGCAUCACGGCCGUACAGGUGCUUGACUUCCUACGCAAGCACAGGCAUGUGGACGUACGACCUUCGUUUGCUGGCGAUGGUGACGACGAACUGGACAGGGCGGCGGCUCUGCGGGCAGUGCAGCGGUUUCUUCGUCGUGCGGGCUACCUUCGCGGCAACAAGCACGUUGUUCAAGAGAACCCGAGGCACAAGCAGCUGCUGGCGAAGUAUCUGAAGGAGUUUGAUGCAAACAGGAGGUUGCCACCUGACGAGCGCCUCAGAGAGGUGUAUCUCGAUGAAUCAUACAUUGACAGGAACUACAACAGGAACAGAGACUCCCUGUAUGACCCCAACGACGGUCAAGACAUGCACAGUCAUCGCAAGAUCAAGCGGGGUCGGCGCUACUGCUUUGCCCUCGCAGUUCAGGGCCCGGAUCCGCGCGUGUGCACCGUCAGUGACCGCAACGACCGCGCCCUCGCCGGUCCUGUUCCAGGCACGAGCUGGAUCUUCGACCCUGGCAGCGCACUGCAGCGGCACACGCGGAAGAAGUGCCCCGUCGCUGAAGAAGACCUGCCUCAACAACCACAGAAGCAACCAUCCACACGCAAGUGUGGUCGAUGCAAGCAGCCAGGGCACACGCGGAAGAAGUGCCCCGUCGCUGACGAAGACCUUCCUGAGCAACCACAGCAACAGCAGGGCCGUCCCCGGAAGCCCCCUCGUGGGAGCUUCCAUACAGGGGACUAUCAUAAAGCCUUUAAUUCUGACAACUUCAUCAGCUGGUUCAAGGAUGCGUUGCUGCCGAACCUGCACCAGCCGUCGCUCAUCAUCAUGGACAACGCAGCGUACCACUGCACCCUCCCACCAGACACGUCAGUCCCGGGGAGAAUGAAGAAAGCGGACGUCAUUGCAGCUCUGCGAGCCAGGAACCUGACCGUGAGCGAGACUGACUUCUCCUGCGAGCUGAAAGACCGCCUGAAGUUGUGGGUGAAGAACCACGUCCAACCCGAGGUGGUGCAGCUGGCCGAGGCGCAAGGGCCACAAGGUGCUCUUCUCCCCUCCGUGCUACAGCGACCUCAACCCAAUCGAGCUCGUGUGGGCGCUGAUCAGGGCAACGUCGGCCGCAGAUACAGCCUCGAUACAACCUUCGAGGAUGUUGGAAGGCGUCUGGAGGAAGAAAUCCAACGCCUGGCCGAGGAUCGCGGGCAGUACCGCAAAGAUGGCAAGACGCGCGUGCAAGCCAUUAUUGACUCGAUCGACAAGCAGCUGGAGCGGCAGCGGCGCAUCAUCGAUGGCAGGGGCGAAGAGGAGGCAGUAGAGCAAGCAGCACCAUGUACAACCACCCGAGCUGCGAGCGCUGAUAGCACUGACGAGAUGGACGUUGAAAAGGCAGCCGCAGUCGUGCUCGAUGAGGAGGUUGAUUGGGUUGACGAACGGAUGGAUGAGGGUGAAGAUGGAGAAGAGGGCGAAGAGUACAACAACGAGCUUGUGCUGCGCAGUGAUGCAGCCGGAGUGCUUGACUUUGAGACGAGCCCAACUGUGGAGGUGGUGGUGACGUGCACAGACACCACGCCGCAGCGGCUGAACGUCACACAGGGCGUGACGGUGCGCAUUGGCGAUGUGAACGAGCCACCAACAGGCAUCACGUUUGAUGGCGAGCUGCGUGAGGAUGCAGCGGCAGGCAUGCUGUUGGGUGAGCUUGUCGUUGCAGACCCAGAUGUCAACGACACGCACACGAUUGCCGGCGUUGGCAUGGACACGCGGCUGCAACUGCGCGGGAAUCUGCUGUACGUGCGCGAUGAUGCGGCGACGCUGUUCGACUACGAGACGGAGCCCUUGCUGCAUCUUCACCUGGUGGCCAUCGACUCUGCUGGUCAGUUUGUGCAGCAGCUGGUCAACAUCACCGUGGAGGAUGUGAACGAGCCCCCGGUGGACGUCACACUCACACCGACACAGCCCACCGUCGUUGAGAACACGGUGCCAACGACACGGAUCGGCCAACUCUCCGCGCUUGACCCUGAAGGGUCUGGUCCAGUUACGUUCCGGUCUGGUGUACCGGCAGUGCUGGCUGUGACCAGCGAUGGCAACGUUACGCUUGUUGCGCCACUCAACUUUGAGGAAAGCAGUGGUGGCGCUGACGGUGUGCAGUGGUUCGGCGUGGUUGCUGUGGAUGCAACGGGACUGGAGACUGAGGCGCGCAUCCCCAUUCGCGUCACGGACGCCAACGAUGCACCCGUGUUUACGGAACCAGCGCAGGACAACGCGUUCAUCACAGCACCCGAGAACCAGCCCGUACCUGUGGAUGUGGGUGUGGUUGAUGAGGACCUGAGCGAUGACCUGACCUUGUUCCUGGUGGAGGAUCCAGAGGCAACAGCGGUGCAGAUCACGCCCUGCGCAGGUCGCACGUCCCCCUUCACGCCGUGCAACGCAACGUUCACGCUGCCUGCACAGGACUACGAGGGUCUCGUCGCGUCCACAAACGACAACAAGCGCACGUACACGCUUGGCGUCUCUGACGGAACGACGACAACGACGACCAACGUCACGCUGGUGGUGGAGGACGUGAACGAGCCGCCAACGCUGGCGCUGAUCACAACCACGGUGCAGGAGAACACGCCAGAGGGCGAGCAGCUGGCACGCGUGCUUGUGACGGACGAAGCCGACCAGACGGCAACGUGUGAGGUUGUGUCACCGCAGUCGCAGUUUGCCAUCGACUCCUCAGCGUCAUCGUCGUCAUCCAUGGCCAACGGAAGCGAGGUUGUCCUGCGUGCGGGAGCUGAGCCGCUCAACUUUGAGGAGGCGCAAACGGCCUCUGUGACCAUCCGCUGUGUGGACAGCGGCGUGCCGCAACGUGAGACGACGACCACCUUCACUCUCACCGUCACCAACGCCAACGACCCGCCCACGCGCAUCGCGCUGAGCCCGACCGCUGUGAGCGAGUUUGCUUCCGUCGGGAGCACAGUUGCACAUGUGUGGGCUGAGGAUGAGGAUGCUGACGCUGCGCGCUUCCACCGCUUUGUGGCGCUUUCUGCUGGCGAUCCUCCCUUCUUCGUGUUUGGUACUUCGCUCGUGCUGUCACGGCGGCUGGACUACGAGACGCAGCGGUCCCACAACAUCACCAUCCGCGUGGAGGACACCGCGGUGAGCCCGCCCUUGACACUCACGCAGACGCUGACAGUGCGCGUGAUUAACGAGGUUGACUGCGACGCAACGCGCUGCUUCAACGGCGGGACUGUGUCGACGUCCCAGGUGAAGGGUUUGAGUGCAUGUGCCCACCCGGGCACCGGCUUCCGUGGCGAUGUGUGCGACGAGCCCGUGAUGUGCACGGCUGUGCCGCCGCCCAACGCGGCCUUGGUCGUCAACGGCAGCCUUGUUGAUGGCGACGACGCAUCGCAGCAGCUCGCGUUCAUGGAGCAAGUGGGCGUGGCCUGCUUGCAAGGAUACACGACCAACGGACUCGUGGACGGGCCCACCACGUUCACGGAGGUGUGCCAGGACAAUGGCAUGGUCUCCAGCACGGCGUCCUGCAUUGAUGCUGACGACUGCCUGGCUGAGCCCUGCCUCAACGGUGGUCUGUGUGAGGACCGCGUGGCUGGCUUCUAUUGCCAAUGCCCAUCCGGGUUCUCGGGUGACAGAUGCGAAUUUGCACGCGACUGCUUCCUCGACCAAGCGGGCGCCACUGCCACCGUGACCACAUACGAAGACCUGGCCUUGCUUGCAGAGUGUCGUGUCUUCCACAGCAACGUCACCAUCUCCAUUACGGCUGCACCUGCGAACGCCACGGGUGACGAUACAGCAAACGCCACCAUCGCCCACCUCGCUUCGCUCUCAAACCUGCAGCGUGUCGCGGGCGUGCUUGCGCUGCGCAACAACGACCAUCUUGUGUCUCUGCGUGGCCUUGCAAACCUGACAUGGGUUGGCGGCCUCGUGCUUGAGAACAACGCACAGCUGCGCACCGUGUCCGGCCUCUCUGCGCUCACCACCAUCGAUGGCAAACUGGUGGUGGCCGAUGCUGGCCCUUCCACCUUGCAGGGCCUGGAGCCCAGCACGUGCGGCAGCGUGAUUAUUCGCCAUUCGAGUCUCGUGUCGCUGGAAGCAGUGAACCUGCCCAUGUGGCUGCAAGGAUCAUUUGUGUUGGAGAACAACGACUUCCUGCUUCGCGUCAACGGCCUGGCUGCAGUACUGCAGAUUGCAGGCGAUGUGAUUGUUCGCAACAACCUGCGCCUGAUGACGCUCGAUGGACCUUCCAACCUUGCGCGCGUGGACGGUGACAUCCUCGUUCGCGACAACACCGUCUUGCUGGACGUGGGUGCACUGGCGAGCCUGCAGUCGUACGGUGGCUCGUGGGUGAUUGCCAACAACUCGAACCUGUGUUUCAUUGGCCCGUUCCUGCUGGAGAACAUUGCUUCGUUGGAAGUGAACAGCGACAGCGAGGAGUUCCCAGACGUGAUGCUGGCUCGUGACGACUGCCCCGCCGAGCGCGCAGACACAGACGGCGAUGGCGUGUUUGACGACAAGGACAACUGCCCGCGCGUGUUCAACCCGCAGCAGCGCGACAGCGACAGCAACGGCAUCGGCGACGUGUGCGACUGCAACGAGGGCUCGGAUGCGUUCUGCGCCAACGGCGGCACGUGCGUGCAGGACGCGCAGGCGCGCCACUACAUGUGCGCGUGCCCGGUGGAGUUUGAGGGCCCAACCUGCAACAUCUCCAGCGUGUAUCCCGUGCCACAGAUGCAGGUCGAGCACUCAGCGCUGUUCCAGCAGCAGCCCGUUCGCGUGUCCUCUGUCGCCUUCACGCAGCCGUACCUGCUGCUGCCAGGCACCAACCCAGAGGUCAUCACCGACAGUGCGACCACUGACACGGUGACGACGCGGCUGAGCGCUGCGUGGGCAUCUUUGCAAGCGGAGGAGGACGUUGAUGUUCCUCGCCAGCCAGCGCACGACGUGGUGGCGACGCUGCUGUCUGCCAGCACGGUGUGGUUUGACGCUCCGCACGUGUGGGUGCACCUGCAAGCGCGCGACGCCAGCUUCAACAUGCGCACUGCUGCCACCACUGUCAGCAUCACGCUGAGCGCACGUGUGGACACUGAUGGUGACGGCACCAAGAAGGACGUGAGCGUACAGGCGUGGUGUGAGAUGAGCGCCGCUUCUUCAGGCUGCAUUACGUGGACGAGUGUGCCUCAGUCAUGGUUCCCCCUUGAGAACAGCGACGGCACACCGGCUGCCAUGCGCGCAGUCACGGUCGCGUACGGCAUUGGCGCUUCUCUUUCUGCCUCUGCGUUCAUGCAAGAGCUGCCAGGACAGCUGCAGCUUGCGUCACGCCCCGCCAUUACAGCGAGGGUGCGCAACACCGUGGCUGUGCUGGUGCCGUUUGCACCGGUGUAUCGCGAGGAUACGACACAGCUGGCCGUGUAUGCGCAAGCCGACCGCGGUGUGUCUGCUGUUGUGCUGCGCAUGGACAUGAUUGACUCUGACGCGCUUCGCUUCGUGCGCGUGGUUGCGGCGCCUGGCUGGUCCGCCCGCACAUCGACGAGCGGCAACACCACCCUCGCCAUCAGCUUGCAGCGCCAGGUGCAGCAGUCGGGUGGCGGUGGCAGCAGCAGCUACGCCAGCCCCGAGGUGCUGUGCACGAUUGAGAUGGCAGUGAUGCCACAGGCCGUGGAGGGCCGCUUCUCUGAGCUUCAGGCAACGGUGGUGGGCUUUGUUGACCUGCAGGGCCGCAACCUGCAGCUGGAGGGCUUCUACCCACUGCCCAGCCCCGCACUGCACCUGCAUCGCAACCGCGGCGUGCUCGCCUCCAAGAGCAUUGGGUAUGUCCCCGUCGCAGCCAACACGCUUGUUGCGCUUCUUCCGCACUUGGCGCAAGCGGAGCUCAUCAACACGGCAAGGCUGGACGGCAACACUGUUUCAACACGAGGCACCAUCGCGCCCGUGUCGCCGUCAACCACAGCACUUGCAUGUGAGAGUGGCAAGCAGAGCGUUGUGCGUGUUGCGGCGGACUGCACUGCCGUGGUGCUGCUGGGCACGGAGAUUGAGGGCCAAUCACGGGUGUCUGUGACGGUGCGCGUGUCUGGCACGGCCGUUGCUGCAUCCGUGGAUGUGCGUGUGUGGUUUCCCCUUGCGUCGACGACCACAGCGUCUCUGUCACGCCCAACCACGCGCCCGCUCGCCGGCCUCCGCGACCACAACUGCCAGCCCGUGUAUGAGGACGUGUUCCUGGACGUGAGCAUCGCGCUUGCGCUUGGCUCUCCACCAUCCCAGCUUUGCUUGUACACGAUGUAUCUGUCUCUUCGUGACGACUUGUGGAAUGUGUAUGCAUAACACGCGCACCAACAAGUACAUCGCAUUGCGGGCCAGUGAUACCCAAACAAAUGCUAACACGCAAGAAAGGUACACGACUGCGUCACUGCCGGUGAGGUGAGGUCUUCCCUAGCCUGGAGUUCAGCUUCAGAAGACGGUUG